GAAGGCCCAUUAAUAUCUCAAGUCCAAUAACAAUGGUGUACGAACCAGCGGCACCGUGUGUGAAAGAGUGAAUCAAAGAGGUGCGGCGGUCGCCGGCGAAGACGUGUGCUCGUCGAAGAAACUUCUCCAACCUAAAAUUUUCCGAAGAAGUAAGAGUUGAGCAAGUUAUCAAUGGAAAUCGAUGAAGAAGAGCCAAUGGUGUUCUUGGACCGUACAACAAGAGCAACACGGGGUAAACGGAUGACCAAGUUGCUUGAUGACGAAGUAGAAGAAGAUGAACAGUUUUGGAAUCAAGAAGCUCUUAAAGAGGAAGAACAUGAUGAUGAAUAUGAAGCAGAACGUGAGGUUGCUGAUGAGUUUGACAGUGACUUCAAUGACGAUGAGCCUGAGCCUGAUGCAGUCGCUGUAAAUGAAAAAGAAUUGAGGGAUCUGCCAAAGAAGCGGCUGAUUUACCCUGGGAAAACUGCUUCAAAGAAAAAGAAAAAGAAGACGAAGGUAGUUUCACAACUAGAAUAUAUUCCUGGAGAUGAGAAGCCAGGUGAAGAAUUGGGAAACAAGGAACAAGAAGAAAAAGAAGAGAAUGAAGCACAAGAAGAUAUGGAAGGUGAGAAAGUCAUUAGGAAAUCAACACGGACUUCAGUGGUUGUACGGCAAGCAGAAAGAGAUGCAUUGCGUGCUGCUAUACAAGCAACAACAAAGCCAAUACAAAGGAAAAAAGUAGGGGAGGAAAAACGGAUGACCCAAGAAGAAAUGCUGCUGGAAGCUGCUCAAACAGAAAUCAUGAACUUGAGGAAUUUAGAACGUGUCUUGGCAAGGGAAGAAGAAGUAAAAAAGAAAGCGAUUGUGCAUAAAGCAGUCUACAAGGGUCCUCAGAUUCGGUAUCAUUCAAAAGAUGGAUGUAACUAUUUAGAAUUCUGUAAUGGUGCGUCAUUCAAUUCAGAGUUGUCGACGAAGUCUGUUCCCUAUCCAGAAAAAGCUGUAUGUGUGAUUACGGGAUUACCUGCCAAGUACCGGGAUCCAAAAACGGGUCUUCCUUAUGCAACUAGAGACGCCUUCAAAGCAAUACGUGAAAGGUGUUGCUUGAUCCAAUUAUUGCUGCAUCGAUGUUUUCACUUGUCUAUAGAAGUAUUCAUCUGUUGUUUCCUCUAACGGAUCAAGCAAAUGAAUGUUAUCGAGUGAAACAGGCCUUUGAUAUUUACAUUGUCUUUAUUAGUGUUAGAAUCUGAUAUUUCCCAGUCUUAUGUUUAUUGUUCUGAAGGUUCAUGGACGAACAUGAUGGUUUGAGAAAGAAAAUGGAGAUGGGAGAUUUGUUUGAUACACUAGUGGCGAAAGGUUUUGCAACAAAACAAAAGAGAACGAAGAUUCCAAAGAGUAACAAAUCAUUUUCCCUCAGAAGCUCAGCUCGUUUCCUUAGCUCCGAGUCUGAAGAAGAGAGUGAAGAAGAUUCAGAUUAAUAAACACCUCCCUGAUUUGAAUCUGCAUCUCACAUGAUUGUGAUACAUCAUUCAUGGAUCUUCCCACGACCAUGGUUUUGGUUCUCAGAGAUUAGAAGCGAGAAGAACAUUCAUGGAGGAAAUUUUCAUGAUCAGAGCUUUGAAAUGGAAACAACAACACUCUAAUCAGAGAUUGAUCCUCCUAACCAAAACCUCUGACACCCAUCUCAGAAUCAGAGAGAAAGUGUAAUCUUCUGUAUAUUACUGACCUUGUAAAGAUGAUAUGUUUUGGUUGAUAAAUAUCAAUUUCACAUUAAACCGAACCGAAUAAGCUUUUGAUUUUACUUCGGUUCCGUUAAAACCGUUCCAAAUCUAUAAAUAUAUCACCG